UACAAGCUCAUGAUUCAACAGCGUGUUCAAAAAUUGAAGUGACACUGUUUGGUGACGUAAUAAUUGCUGGAAUUGUGCUAAGACCAUUGGACCAACUUGAGGUCCAGUGCUAAAGAUGGUGAAAGAAUUUGUAGAAGGCUGGGAUCUGCUACAUACACUAGGUGAAGGUGCCUAUGGCGAAGUAAAGCUACUAGUAAACCAAACGACAGGGGAAGCAGUAGCUGUUAAAGUUUUGAAUCUUUCGAAUAGGAAGGAUGCUGCAGAAAGUGUCAGAAAAGAGAUUUGUAUUCAUCGCAUGUUAAGUCAUGAAAAUAUUAUCAAAUUCUUUGGGCAGCGAAGUGAAAGAUCUUGUCAGUAUAUCUUCCUAGAAUAUGCUGCAGGAGGUGAACUCUUUGAUAGAAUAGAGCCUGAUAUCGGAAUGCCUCAACCUGAAGCUCAAAGAUAUUUUGCACAUCUCUUAUCUGGAGUGGAAUAUCUUCACAGCAAAGGUGUGACCCAUCGAGAUUUGAAGCCAGAAAACUUACUUUUGGAUGCUCAAAAUAUACUAAAAAUCUCUGACUUUGGGAUGGCAACAGUAUUUCGUUACCAAGGAAAAGAACGUAUGUUAACCAAAAGAUGUGGCACCUUGCCCUAUAUAGCACCAGAAGUUUUGGUUCGAGAGUAUAAUGCAGAACCAGCAGAUAUAUGGAGUUGUGGUGUAAUUUUGGUUGCAUUGCUAGCAGGAGAGCUUCCUUGGGACAAACCACAGUAUGAUUGCAAAGAAUACAGAGAGUGGGAGGAGUGUAAAGUCAUUCAGUCACCAUGGAAUAAAAUUGAUAAUUUAGCUUUAUCUCUUCUGAGAAAAAUUUUGCUGAAUAGCCCUUCUAAACGCUACAACAUCAGCCAAAUAAAAAGUCAUCAGUGGAUUAAUAAAAACAUCAAAUCCAAAGCUCUGUUUAAAUUAUCAACUUCAAAUAAUGAUUAUAUUUCACGGAAACGAACCUGCUCAGAAAUUGAUCAUCCAGCAGUUUCAGGAAGGGAUGAAGUGGUUAUUCGUUUAUCUAGCUCACAGCCUGAGCCCUUUAUUAGUGAUGAUUCUCAAGUAGAAGGCAGUGAACUUUCCAUAAGGAAUGUGGUUCCAUAUUGCACAAGUUUCUCACAACCUGUUCAUCCAGAACAUAUGCUACUAAGUAGUCAAUUACAGGCUACCCCAGGAUCCUCACAAUCUCCAAUGCAAAGACUUGUCAAAAGGAUGACAAGAUUUUUUGUGAGCACUGAUCUGGAAAUGACACUAAAGGAGCUCUCUGCUGUUUUUGAAAAGUUAGGAUACAGUUGGAAAGAGAAUUCUGGACAGAUUACAGUAACUACUCAGGAUCGACGAAAGAUGAUGCUUACAUUCAAGGCUAAUCUUAUAGAAAUGACUGAUAUACUUGUAGACUUCAGAUUAUCAAGAGGUGAUGGCCUAGAGUUUAAGCGCCACUUUUUAGUUAUCCGAAACCUACUACACGAUAUUAUAGUAAAAGGACCAAUUAUGUGGCCUUUAGCUGUCACAACAGAAAUGUAAUCAACUCCUGAUCACUACAGUAAGAAGAGAAGACUACCAAAGAAAAAAUUUCUACUUUGUAGCUUUGGUUACAGUGAUUUAGCAAGAAAAAGAAAGUUUCCUAUGUUAAGAAAUUAAGAGUGUUGGUAAUUCCUAGUGAUUACAUUUAUGGUAAAUUCAGAUUUAACAAGAUCAUUUUUCUAAUGUAUAUUUUGCUCACAGAGAGGGAGUUUUUAUUAUUUUUGUAGGAUUUUGUUUGGAAAUUCAUCACCUAUUUUAAGUAUAUUCUAGAAUUAUGUUUUAGUUGUUGUUAUCUUUGGUAUUCCAUUUUCAUUUUAAAGAAAGUGUGUAUAGGUGAAUUUUAAAUAUUCAGCCAAAUGUCCCUCUUCGAAUAGACAAACAAAAUUUUUUGAUUCAAGUUUUCAGUCUGACAUUCCUUUUUUUUUAUAUUUUGUUAGUCAAGUUUGUGAUAUGAGGUGCCUUUUUUUUACACUUACUAUGUUGUACUUUUCGGAGAAUGGAGGUGUUGCCUUUUUCUGUAUGAAGUUGUUAAAGAUUAAAGGUAUUUUUCUAUUUGAAAUAUUUUGUGAUGAAACUUUUCUAUAAAGUUUUUGUAAGUGUAUUAAUUUUGCUUGCGUUCUGAAAUACCCCUUACACCGAUUAGUCUAAAGCUUAAUAAAGAACAAGUGAAAUUAAGGAAGAAAUAUUUUUUUGCUAAUUUGCAGUGCCAUAAAAUACUAUUAUUUUUAUAAUUAUAGACAAAUAUUUGAAGAAUUCUUCUUAUCAUUUCACUGUAAUUAUUUUGUAUACUUUUAACUAAAAAUAGCUAUUUUGUUUUUUCAUAAGAACAAGAAUGUACAAAAAAUGUAGCUUGAAAAAGGGUAAAUAAUGAUUUUGUGGUAAACAAAUUUAACAAUUUAUGGUUAACUUCUUGCAGGCUAAUUUUGAAGCUAUUCAUACUCAUAGAAUCAACAAAUGUUACAGAUGACACUAGUAAAAUGUUAAACAGUCACUUUUUGUUAACCUUUUGUUUUCAUAACUUGUUACUUCUUUUCUUGGUUUUAUUUUAAUUUUUUUACCUUGAACAUAAGUGAAUGCUUGCUCUGCUGACCUCAUUUACUUUAACUGUCUUGUUAUAGUUCUAAUUCAAUGAAAUGCCAUGUUUUUGCUUAGAUUCAUAAUCAGUGUUAACUUUCAGAAAGACUUGUUUGCAAGUUUGUCACCUGAACCUAAAUUACAAUUCAAAGUAUGCCAUUUGAAAUGUGGAUUGAGAUUGUCUUACUUUGAUAAUAUCUUUCACAAGUAGUAAGAAAUAAUAUGCUUGAGAAACUAGUGAAUCUAUGGAUAGCUAUUUUUAAUUUGUUUUGCAUGCAAACAUAUUUCCUAGUUAAAAUAUGAAAACCUUUAUGACCCAAAACUGAAGAAGAUAUAUAUGUAUAUAUAAGCUUUGAAAAAGAUAAACUCUGAAUCUGAGUUUUUUUAUGUUAUUACUGAAGAACAAAAUAGUGAUUUUCAACAACUAAGUGAUACUUACAGGAUGGAGUGUCAUUUUUUGUAGAAUGCAACAUUUUUUUGUAUUUCAUUAAGAGAAGAAUAAAUUGGUUAUUUUGUA